CCUGUAAUGUAAAGGUUACAAAUCAAGCCUUAGUAUAACAGAGAUGAUAUAUGGAAAUGUGUUUGUAUACGUAACUUGGAAUUGUCAUAUUCACCAUACAUGGGUGUUAUCUCUGGGUAAUGAAGAGGCUGUGUAGCUAGAAAGGCAGAGACUCGGCAAGGCAGAUAGAUUCAAACCACAUGCAAACUAGGCCCGUGAAAACCAUGGGAACGACAACUUGUUAUAACCAUAACGACACAAGGCGAGACCCAGAUGCAGACACGGGAGGCAGGUGGUUUGAGGGCUGAUAUUUAUUAUAGUCCAAGGGGUCAGCAAAAGGCAGGUCAAGAGUUCAUAACCAGGGCAGAGUCCAAAACAGUACAGGGCUGCAAGUAGACUGGUCAGGCAGAUGGUCACAGAGUCAGAACAAGAAAACCAGAGACUUGGCAACCCACUGGUUGACUUGGCAAACAAGAUGAACUGGCACAGACAGACAGAAAACACAGGUAUAAAUACACAGGGGAUAAGUGGGAAGAUGGGCGACACCUGGAGGGGGUGGAGACAAGCACAAGGACAGGUGAAACAGAUCAGGGUGUGACAAUAACUCUGUGCUGUAACCAACCAGCCCCUAAACAUCCAUUAAAUGUCCUUUACUGUUGGUCUUAGCCAUCACUGGUUUAUUAUGUCACACAAAACAAGAAUGCUGUUGUUGAUUCCUUUAUCACUUUCUUCUUCUGAGGUCAUUUGUAUCUGUUAGAAGCUGAGUACAGAAAUACCAAGUCUGCCUCUUUUGUCAGACUUGAUAUUUCAAGAAUCAGACGGUGAUGUUUGUUAUCUCGUUCUGUGUUUGUGCUCUGUCUAAUCUCUAUUUCACAGUAAGGGUGUCCCCCAAAUGGCACCCAAUUUCCUAAGGGCCCUAGUCGAAAGUAAACUGAACAAAAAUCUAAAUGCAACAUGCAACAAUUUCAACGAUUUUACUGAGUUACAGUUCAUAUAAGGAAACCAGUCAAUUGAAAUAAAUUCAUUAGGCCCUAAUCUAUGGAUUUCACAUGACUGGUCAGGGGCGCAGCCAUAGGCCCACCGACUUGGAAGCCAGGCCCACCCAAUGGGGAGCCAGGCCCACCCAAUGGGGAGCCAGGCCCAGCCACUCAGAAUGUUUUUUUUCCCCCACAAAAGGGCUUUAUUACAGACAGAAAUACUCCUCAGUUUCCGGUUGGCUGGUCUCAGACGAUCCCACAGGUGAAGAAGCCAGAUGUGGAGGUUCUGGGCUGGUGCGGUUACACGUGGUCUGCGGUUGUGAGGCCAGUUGGACAUACUGCCAAAUUCUCUAAAAUUACGUUGGAGGAGGCUUAUGGGCUUUUAAAGAGGAACGGCAGCAGUGAGGAUGACUUAGCGUUGGGCAUCGAAGCAUCUUUAUAUGGUAAACAGGGAGUGAGGACCGUCCAGGAAUUUCUGAGGAGUUCCAGGUCCAGCCCAGUUCUCACCAGGUGGAACAGCUUGACCUCCGCCUUCUCAGCACAGUCGGCUCCACUCAGUGUAAUGGAUGUGCUGAAUCUGUGGAGUGAUGACCCAGAGGAGGUCCUACUAGAUCUGGGCUUCGGCUGUGACGAGCCUGACAUCUCUGGACGGAUCCCAGCCCGCUUCAUCAACAACCAGUCCAGCGCCCGGGGAAUCAACAUCCAGGUGUUCCUGGACGCCCAGAAGAACCGCAUGGACAUAGAGAACCCUGAUGUCAGCAAUAGGUUCAGGCAGUUGGAGGUGCUGCAGCAGGUUACCACUGCGUUCUCAUCCCUGGUCGGUGGUGCGUCUACAGACUCCCUCUCCGAGAGCGGAGUUCCAGCUUUAGCUUCAGCCGAGGCCAGGGAGAAGAGGAAGAGGAUGGGCAUGCUGCUCCGCCGGGUCUCCAGAAAAACCCUCAGCCAGACCCAAAUCCAGACCCAGGACUCCCAGGACACAAACCCAACUCCCCACAGUCCCGUAGCCCACUUACAGCAGCCCCUGGCCGGCCCCCCUGACAGGCGGACCCAUCUGAAACGAGCCAGACAGGGCCUGGCUGAGAGUAUAUGUCUGACCCCACUGGUAGAGGAGCAAGGCCUAGCCUCGGAAGCACCAGAGCCCCACUCGGUCCCCCAGGAGGGUGCGCUCAGGCUGGAGGUGGGGAAGGAGUAUCCACCCCUGAUCUCCAGUGGUAUUCCAACCAGAAAGAAAAGUCCUGGGGAGGCCAGGGAGUCGUUUGAGAUGGAGGAGAUCCAGAGCUUUGAUGAGGGCAGUAUUUCUGGGAGCUACAUGGGAGCAUCCGACACCACAGCAGUGUGUGUGAUGAGGACUAACAGCUGCCAGUCUGACAGCAGUGGUUUCCUGGAAGAGCCCUUCAUCCCGUCCAUUACCCAGCAUCCCUCACCUGGACCCGAGCUCAUGAAGGCUUUGUCGGGAAUAUCUGGAGGCAGCACUGACAGCCAGAUCACUGUAAAAGGAGCUUCACCCCCCUCGUCCCCCCCAUCCACUUCCCUGGACCCUUUCCCUCCUUCCCUCUCCACGUGCCACCCAAGACCCGAGUCUCCUCUAUACAGACCAGAGACAACAAGCCCUACAGAGGAGACACCCAGACACCAGGAUUCCCCCACACCCCACUCCCUCCUCUCUGAUGCCUUGGAGAUGACUAACUCUGCGUUUGGAGCCAGGCCAAGCCUAAUGGAAAACACUGUCACUGAGGAAGAUGGAUUCUCUUCGGCCUGCUGUGCACCUUGUCAUAAGCCAGACUCUCCGUUACGGCACGUUAUUAUUAUCAUGAAAACAGAUAGAGAAACAGAACACUUUACUCUGGAAUCAGAGGAAGCUGAUCCAAUAGGAGGAGAGGAAAAGGCCAUAGCGGAACAAAGUGGUAAUGUUCAGACAGGAACAGAGGCUGUUGGUGAUCAGGACACCGAUUGUUAUGGGUCACAUGAAGGCUCUCUGAUGGACUCUGUGGCUCUGGUGCAGAUGAAGAAAGAGAUGAAGAUGGAAGUAGAGAUUAGUUCUGGUUUGGAAGGUCCAGUGUUGGGUCCUGUCGCUGUUCCUGAGGUGGUGGAUCAAGGCUCUGAGACUGGAUCUGUUUGUCAGGACCGGUCCUCUGAAGAUCCUCUAUUAGGAUCUGACCCUAACCUCUCAGCAGUGCUAAGCCCUGCCUCCCCUCUCCCCCCAGCAGAACCUCUCUCUGCCUCCUGUCUCCCCACAGCAGAGCUUCUCUCUGCCUCCUCUCCCCCCCCAGUGCACUGGGAAACAGGUGGCUCUGAGAUUUCAGAGGCAUCCUCAAGCUUGGUUGUCCAAGAGCCUGUCCCACCACUAAAUCAACCAACAAACCCAUCAACAGACCUACCUCCAGGCCCAGCUUUAACCUCACCUUCGGAGCAAGUGUCACUUCCAUCCCCAGCCUCUUCCCCACCACCAUCUCCGUCCCCAGCCUCAUGCCCACACCAACCUCCAGCCUCAGCUUUUCUGGCAGCAUCCAACUCAUCUCCAACACAAUCCCAUUCCCCAAUCCCAAACCAUUCUCUAUCAGCCCUAACCACAACACCAAUCCUAUCCUCAAUUCCAAACUCACCAUCAGCCCAUUCCUUAACCGUAGCGCCAUCUCAAGCCCCAACCCCACUCGUCCCCCACAGUGGUGCUUUCAGGUCAGGCCGAUCUGUGUCUGUCCAGAUGCCCUCCUCCCUGCCAUCUGUCUCCCACUCUGCCCUCCGGAGAGGUGCUGUCCCCCACACCCCCUCCCCGCUCGGCCCUUCCUUCGAGCCCCUCCCCCUGACUGACCUGAUGAUCCGGCAGAGGCGGAACUCCUUCUCCCGGAAGGCGUGGUCAGACGCUGAUGUCUCCCACUUUGCAGAACACAGAAACACUGCGGUUGCCAUGGGAAAGGCAGACAUGACACCUGAGACGAUAUCCCUCCCGUCCCCCUGCCCCUCCCCCUCCAUGUCCUCGUCCAAUCGGUGGCUGUCUCGCGACGGUUCACGAAGAUCCGGAAGUUUCCAGAUGAAGUCCACCUCCUUGGACACUGGGCUGUGGCAGGAGGAAGUGGGGGAAGAAGUGGGGGAUGAGGAUAGACGGUGGGAACGAGCCCUGUUCUCUGGGCUUUCCUGCUGCUGCUCCUGUGAUAACCGCUGUCGCUGCUGUUCUCAGAACAAUUGCCACAAACCGUCCUCCGUUUCAGCUUUCCCUUAUUCACUGGAUGAGCUGGAGGGGAUGAUGCACUGUAUGAGGAAGUUCCGCUGCGUCCUGACAGACAUCGAGGAACAGCUGUCAGAAGACCAGGCCUCGGUGUACAGCUCACUCUCUGACACUGACAGAGAAGAAGUGCGAGACGUCUUGGAGCUGAGGAAAGCUGUGAAACGGGAAGCUGGAGAGUUGGAACUGCAGCUCACCGACCUGGUUCAUCGCUAUGACGACAGCUUCAAAAUGAAGAUGCACAGACUACUCGAUGAACAAUCUCACCUCUACACCCAGCUAAGGCUCCUGCCCCUGAUCCCCACAACCACAUCCACCCCUGGUUCUGCCUCCUCCAGGAGCAUGGCCACUCAGUGCUGCCUGCUGCCCUGGCUGCCUUUGACGGACAUGUCCAGGCCACGCCCCUCAUCGCAGGCCACCUGGGAUUUGGAGUCCAGAUCAGCUCUGCCAGAUUCAGGUUCUAUGGGCCAGAGGCUAAAACAUGGUUCUACAGGCACCAAGCCAGACAAACUGGACAUUGUGGGUUUCAUCCAGAGACUGAAGGAGUCCAUACGCCACUCUGUCAAUACUGACUCACUGGAGUAAAAGAGAGAUGGAGGAGCCCUGACUGACAGAUCUAGGCCAGGAUUCAAUCAUAAGCGUCUCAUAGGGCAGCGUACAAUACAGGCGACAAAAGGCAUUUUCCUUGACGUUUGCAGAGAUGGCUUUCAUGGUAAACGCUGUGCAUGUCGGCUCAGACGUAAAUGACCUUUGAAAAGUCUUCUAAUAGUGCUCUGCUCUGUAACACGCCUUCGCGUGAAUACCAGACCCUAUACCCUCUAAACUUGACUGAACAAAACACUGCCUGUGUCCUCACCCACCCGUGGAUUGUUUUUCUGUCUUACAGAUGCAGCUUCUGCUGUAGCUUACUGAAGAUGAUCUGCUGUCUAAGUUAGUGUCCAAUCAACCUGGACUCGGGUAGAUGUAACAUGAUAAAUGUAAAUCUGUCUCCCUCCAUUUAGUAUGAUAUGUUAGGUGUGGUAAGGUAUGUAUUUCUUUGUGGAUGUCCAUCAUCCAUUAUGUUAUGAAUAACAAUUCAUAUGAUAUGUUACGAUUAGCUUUUUGUACAAUAUGUCACGAUUGCGAUUUAAGUAUGUCACAAAUUCCAGUUUGAUGUGGCUAACCCUAACAUUAGUUAAGUAGCUUACGUUAACUAGGCAAAGGGUUAGCUAACAUGCUAAGUAGUUGCAAAAAGUAGUAUGUUUCAAAAUAGCUAAUUAGCCUAAAUGCUCAAGUUGUCCGUGAUGAGAUCUGAAGAUGCAACCUUAGAGAUGCUAGAAGUUUGCAUUAUAUGUCCACCUAUCCACCCCGACCCACCACCCUCCCUUUGUUUUUGCCUCAUGUAACCUUACCAAACAUACCAUAUCAUAUUAAUUUGAGUGUCCUGGAUUUACGUUGACUAUGUCUAGUCUAUGAAACCAGGCUGGUGUAAUCAAUGGAUUCCAUUACUACCAAAGUAGUCCAGUGUCCACAUGAUGAAUAAAGAGCAUGAAUGCAGGAAAUCAUGUGUGCUGUAUCUAUAACGUGCCAAUGCAUAACAUACUGUACAAAGAGUUUGUGUAUUGUCAUUCCCUACGUAUCAACAACAGCAUUCGUCUCAACUAAGGAUGUGUUCUCAUUCCUUACUGUUACAUGAAGUCUUCUACUGUUACCUACCUGCAUCAAUGCUCUGGGUAAGACAGAUCCCCAUCCACAUGAGAUCCAUGCAGUAUGUGUAUGCUAUAGAGAGGAGCUCCUCUCUGUCACCCCCCGCUCUGGGUUAUGUCCUUAUUAGCACAGGCGGUGGUCUAGCUCACGUCUCCUGUCUCUUCAGACCCCAAUUAGCAGCUGUGUAGUACCAGCCUGUGAGCCUGAUGCAUUUCAUGACCCCCUCCACUGGUGCUCCCAACUUAAAUGUAAGAGAACCACAUGCCAUUUAGGAACACAAGAAAAUAAGUAUGUUUUAUUGCGAUACAGCCUACUGUAUAUAGAGCCCCACAGUGGAAGUGUCAUAAUACCCAUAAACCUAAAGGUCAAACAGGGAGUCACCUUGUCCUAGAGAGAUUUAGAUGGUUAUCAAAAUGCCACGCCAGGGUAAGCCUACACAACACAGCUCUUAUUUUAAGUGUUUGUAAAAUCCCCUACAGGAAAAAGGAAUGGUGGAAAAACAAUUACAACCAUUUCCUUGUUUGACUGCUAGAUUUUAUGGGUAUUAUGACUCAUACUGUGGUACUCUAUUGGGCCGAAGAAUUCUUGUUACUUUUGAAGCAAAUGUUGUGCCCUAGAAAGUAAUAUGUACAUUAGUUUAUAAUAAAAUGUUAAUAAAGUCAUUUGUGGAAUAUUAUGUUUA